AUGGCAAACCCACUAUACAACAUUUGUAGCAAAUAUUCAGAAUAUGGUGAUGUUUCUCAAGAGCGGAGGAAGAUACAUUUGAUCUUCUUUCACAACAAUGGUACCAAGGCAGAAGGACGAAAACAUGUGUCACAGCAGCUGUCUGGCCUUCAAAUUGGAUGGUGCUGCUGCUGCUGUAAUGCUGUUGUUAAUGCUGUUGCUGCUAAUACUGCUAAUAUUGUUGAUGCUAAUGCUGCUACUGCUGCUGUUAGUGAUAUUGUUAAUGCUGCUGCUGUUAAUGCUGUUAAUGCUGUUGCUGCUAAUGCUGGUAAUAUUGGGUUUAGUGCUGUUACUGCUAAUGUUACUAAUGCUGUUGUUAAUGCUGGUGCUGCUAAUGCUUCUACUGCUGUUGCUAGUGAUAUUGUUAAUACUGUUGCUGCUAAUGCUGCUACUGCUGUUGCUAGUGAUAUUGUUAAUGCUGUUGCUGCUAAUGCUGGUUAUAUUGUGUCUAGUGUUGUUACUGCUAAUGCUGCUAAUGCUGCUGCUGCUAAUGCUGGUAAUACUGUGUUUAGUGUUGUUACUGCUAAUGCUGCUAAUGCUGUUGUUAAUGCUGUUGCUGCUAAUGCUGCUCCUGUUGUUGCUAGGGAUAUUGUUAAUGCUGUUACUGUUAAUGCUGGUAAUACUGUGUUUAGUGCUGUUACUGCUAAUGCUGCUAAUGCUGUUGUUAAUGCUUUUGCUGCUACUGCUGUUGCUAGUGAUAUUGUUAAUGCUGUUGCUGCUAAUGCUGCUACUGCUGCUGCUAGUGAUAUUGUUAAUGCUGUUGCUGCUAAUGCUGGUAAUACUGUGUUUAGUGCUGUUAAUGCUGAUGCUGCUAAUGCUGCUACUGCUAAUGCUGGUAAUACUGUGUUUAGUGUUGUUACUGCUAAUGCUGCUAAUACCGUGUUUAGUGAUGUUACUGCUAAUGCUGCUAAUGCUGUUGUUAAUGCUGUUGCUGCUAAUGCUGGUAAUACUAUGAAUGCUGCUAAUGCUGUGUUUAGUGUUGUUAUUGCUAAUUCUGCUAAUGCUGCUACUGCUAAUGCUGGUAAUACUGUGUUUAGUGGUGUUACUGAUAAUGCUGGUGUUAAUGCUGUUGCUGCUAAUGCUGCUCCUAGUGUUGCUAGUGAUAUUGUUAAUGCUGUUGCUGGUAAUACUGCAAAUGCUGAUAAUGCUGCUGCUGCUAAUGCUGUGUUUAGUGUUGUUACUGCUAAUGCUGCUAAUGCUGCUGCUGCUAAUGCUGGUAAUACUGUGUUUAGUGGUGUUACUGCUAAUGCUGUUAUUAAUGCUGUUGCUGCUAAUGCUGCUCCUGGUGUUGCUAGUGAUAUUAUUAAUGUUGUUGCUGCUAAUGCUGGUAAUAUUGUGUUUAGUGCUGUUACUGCUAAUGCUGUUGUUAAUGCUGUUGCUGCUACUGUUGUUGCUAGUGAUAUUGUUAAUGCUGUCGCUGGUAAUGCUGCUACUGCUGUUGCUAGUGAUAUUGUUAAUGCUGUUGCUGCUAGUGCUGGUUAUACUGUGUUUAGUGUUGUUACUGCUAAUGCUGCUAAUACUGCUGCUGCUAAUGCUGGUAAUAAUGUGUUUAGUGUUGUUAUUGCUAAUGCAGCUAAUGUUGUUGUUAAUGCUGUUGCUGCUAAUGCUGCUCCUGUUGCUGCUAGGGAUAUUGUUAAUGCUGUUGCUGCUAAUGCUGGUAAUACUGUGUUUAGUGCUAUUACUGCUAAUGCUGCUAAUGCUGUUGUUAAUGCUGUUGCUGCUACUGCUGUUGCUAGUGAUAUUGUUAAUGCUGUUGCUGCUAAUGCUGCUACUGCUGCUGCUAGUGAUAUUGUUAAUGCUGUUGCUGCUAAUGCUGGUAAUACUGUGUUUAGUGCUGUUACUGCUAAUGCUGCUAAUGCUGCUGCUGCUAAUGCUGGUAAUACUGUGUUUAGUGUUGUCACUGCUAAUGCUGCUAAUACUGUUUAG